ACCACCAUCCUACAAAUACUUGCGAGUGUGGGGGUGUCUGGCAAAAGUGGCAAUACCUACGCCAAAGAAAAUAAAGAUUGGACCAAAAACUGUUGAUUGCGUAUUUAUUGGAUAUGCACACAACAGUAGUUCUUAUCGUUUUCUUGUACAUGAAUCCAAAAUUGAGGAAAUUCAUAAGAACACGAUACUUGAAUCUAGAAAUGCAUCAUUUUUUGAGCAUAUAUUUCCAC